CAAGAACAAUAUUAGAAAAACUAUUAAAACCCUAAUCUCUCUUCCUAUCAAACUCGCGUUUAUCUCUUUUUCAAAAACUUCGACCAAUUUUUUCUUCCUCUGUUCUUCCCCAAAUUCUAAUCUCAAUCUUUAAUUUCGAUCCUCUAAUUUUUAAUUCAUUUCUCAAUCCCUAAAUUCUUUCUAUCCAUCCUACCUCGUUACAAGUAAUUGUAAGUGUCCAAAAUUUGAAUUAUUGGGAGAAUUUUAAUUAUGAAUCAUAUAACAUUUAUUAACAAUACCUACCUAUAGACUACAGAGUUGGAAUCUAAAAUGUGGUGUGAGUGCAUGUUAUACAAUAACCUUACCCUGUCGAAGGUUUCCAGGUCGAGGUCGACGAUGCUGGGAGGGGUUCGGCAGGAGACGCCGGCGUUGUUGUACAUGAUGUCGAGGCGGCUGUGCUGGGACACCGCGAAGUCCACGGCGUCUGACACGUCGGAUUCGUUGGCCACGUCACAAGGAAUGAAUGAUGCCCUGGGGCCUAGCUGGCGUGCGGUCUGGAGGCCGAGGUCCUUGUUGAUGUCGGCGAUUAUGACUUUGGCGCCGUUGUGGAUGAAUUUGGCGGCGGUUUCUCUCCCUAUCCCAUUUGCUCCUCCGGUGAUCACUGCUAUUUUGCCUUCUAGCUUCCUGCCGGUUAUACAGAUAAUAGUUUAGUACCAUGUUGCCAAGGUAAUUGUUGAGAGUGCAUAAACUAGUCUACCAUGAUUGUGCACAUAUGGGGGAGAAUAGCAAAGAAGAAGAGUUAAGGGAUGUUGAGGUUACUUAAAUCGAGUUAGUCUUGAGUCUUGUUGGGUCCGGGUUGGAUCAGGUCUUUAAACCUCAUUGUUUAAGGAUGUUCUUAAACCAUUUUUAUUGGCUGAUACUAAAUUAGGUAGUUAAUGAGGGAUGAGUAGUUAAUAGUUAGCUUAAAUAAAUAAGAUAUUAUGAAAAUAUAAUUAAUAUUACUCAUUAAUGAUUCUCUUUCUCUCUCCCCCUUGAUAUUCUCCAUAACCCUCUCUCUCCACUACAAUUAAAAGGAAAUUCGAAAUUUAUUUAAUUAAAUAUUAUUAUUUAAUAUUUAAUAAUUUUGAACUUAAUAUUCUUUAUUCUUUAAAUGAAAAUUGAAAAUUAAAAAUAUGAUCUCUCUCACUUAGUGGCAACUUGCAAUGCAGUAUUAACAUUUUGCAAUGACAUUAUCAGCAUUUAUGAAAUGAAUCGCUAUUAUUAUACCUCAUCAUUAUUAACGACUUCAAUAUACUUAUCAAUUUCUUACAAUUACAUUAUUAACAAUUUUGGAUCAAUUGUUACCGUUUUAUAGUUUCGUCAUCAACGCCUAUGAAUGGAUAAUCAAAGUUAUGUAAUAUGGUCAUUAACAGUUGAAUAACAAUAUCAUUGAUUUACAACAUCUUUAGCACUAAUGAUUCACAUUUUCAUAUCAUGUUUAUAACUAUCUAGUCAUGGCCUCUUCCAAUGAUUGCUAAUGACGUUAUUAACGUUUUAUGAUCAAUUAAUAUUGCUUUACAUUAUCAUUCUCAAUUAUCAUAAAGCACAAUACUUACUUUCAACAUCUUGGGUACUUGCGACAUAGUGCACAUGUGUGAUUCAGUCAAACAAACAUUGUCAAGAAAAAUAAUAGCUCAAGCAAACCAACAUUCACGCCUCAACACCAAACUUUUAAUAACAAUACAAUAAAUCAUUGAUAACUAAAAGUAUUUCAUUGAAAAUAAACACAAAACAUCAAUGUAAAAAUGUCCGACUUUAACAUUAUAAAUGACAUCACUUUUAAUAAAGAUAUUAAAAACCAUUAAUAACGAAUGAUCAAGUCACUGAUAAGGAAAUAGAUUUUUGUUAUAAAAAAUAUUCAUAUUAAUAAUAUUCAUAUACAAUGUUUAAUGUAAAAUAACACUAAAAAUGCAUUAAUAAGUAACAUGUGUUUAAUGGUUGCAUCCAAAAACUUUGAUAAUGAUAGCAACUAAUGAUUGUUAAGUACCUUACUAGAUAUUAUUAAUAUCUUAUUUUUUUAAACAUUGAUAAUGCUUAUACACACCUAUUAAUAAUGACACCAACUACAUUACUAACUUAUACUGAAAGAUUAAUAACCAUAGUUAUAUCAUUAAACGUAAAUUCACUUUUGCUAAUGUCAUAAACAAACGAAUACCUAACAAGUAUGCUUCUUGAUAUAACAUUUGACAAAGUUACAAACAUUAAUAAUAGCACUUCAAAUGAUUAUAAAUCAUUGUGAACCAAAUUGAUAAUACAAGGUAAUAGUAAAUAAACUUCAAGUACCAACAAAUUGAAAACACAAUUUCACUUUUGCUAAUAUUACAAACAAAACAUAACAUAAAAAGUUAAUAAUGUCUAUAAAUUUAUUAAAAAACAUGUCGAACAACACUAAUAAUAACACAAAUGAAUAUCUAACAACGAAAAAUCAUAAACCCAUGCAAUGAAAAGCCCUAAUGAUGAUUCAGUUUAUAAAUAUUGAUAAUGUCAUUACAAAAUGUUAACACUAAUCGGAAGUUAUCAAGAUGUGAGAGAGGCAUGUAUUUUAAAUUUCAAAUUUACAUUUUAGAAAAAGAAAAUUAUUAAAUUCGG